AUGAGCCAGGGACAGGGUGUACCAGGGCCAGCUGGUGUUCCUGCAUCUACUGGAGUUCCAUAUCUUGGAAGCAAAAUUAGUUUAAUAUCUAAAGCCGAAAUUCGAUAUGAGGGAACUCUUUAUACAAUCGACCCAAAUGAAGCAACAGUAGCGUUAGCUAAAGUGCGGUCUUUCGGUACAGAGGAUCGUCCAACAGACAGGCCCCUCCCACCCAGAAAUGAGAUUUUUGAGUUCAUCAUCUUCCGUGGCCAUGAUAUCAAAGAUCUCCAUGUCUGUGAGCCUCCAAAGCCUCAGCCAACAGAAGGUGUGCCGCUGGAUCCUGCAAUUGUUAAGUCAUCACAGCCUCCGCCAGGUCCAGCUGGGGCUGCCUAUCCAGGAGUUUCCCCUGGCUACCCUCCCGGCCACCCGCCUGGCCAGAUGUACCAACAGUUCAGUCAACCAGUGUAUUACAGCCAGCAGCCAACUCCAGGGUUUGCCAUGCCACCAGCUCAGGGCCAGCCCCAGACCGGCUCUGCAAGGAACCCAUCGCCAGGAAUUGAUCACUCGGUUGAGCAGAUGAAUCGGACACCGCCUAUCACUGCCGUUGGCUCAAGACCACUUGCUGGAUCUCAAAGCUCGACACCGCCUCUAAGCAGAAAAUCUCCAACAUCGGACCAAGGGGUCCAAGUUCAGCCAGGAAGUCCAGACAAACCAUCACAUGAUCAGUUGUACAACCGACAGCCACACCAUCAGCAGAACCAGCAGUUCCGUAAUCAGAAUGCAAGAAGAGGCGGUGGUUUUCGCCAGAACAACACCGAAAACCGAGAUGGUAGUUAUCGCCAGAACAGCAUCGAUAACCGAGAUAUCAGUUAUCGCCAGAACAGCACUGACAACCGUGAUGGCAGUUAUCGACAGAACAGCUUUGAUAAUCGUGAUGGUAAUUAUCGCCAGGACAGCAUUGAUAAUCGUGAUCGUGGUGAUGGUGGUCAUCGGCAAAACAGCAUUGAUAACCGAGAACGUGGUGAGCGAGGCUCUUCAGCUUCUUAUUCCAGGGGAAGAAGCAACAAUAGAGCUCAAAUUAGAGGAGGGCCACCUCGAGGAGGUCAUAGAGGUGUUGCACCUCGGGGGCAGGGCAUGCGUGGAGGAAGGUCAUCGGAGCCUCUCAAAUUUGACACAGACUUUGACUUUGAGACAUCCAAUGCUCAGUUUGACAAAGAAGAUAUUGAAAAAGAGCUGAAAAAUCUUUCUCUGAGUGACAAGUCUGUAAAUGGUGAUAAAGGAGAGGAAGAACCUGAAAUUGAAGAGGAAGAAGGAGAAGAGGAAGGUGAAGAUGAGCCAGUAUUCUAUGACCAGAAGAAAUCCUUCUUUGACAAUAUCAGCUGUGAGGCUUCAGACAGAGCUAAGGGGCAAAGGACUACUUGGAGGGAGGAAAGAAAGCUGAACAGUGAGACGUUUGGCAUCUCAGAAAACUUCCGCCGUAACUACAGAGGAAGACACAAUUGGAGAGGUGGCAAUAUGCGUGGUGGAUGGCGCGGAGGUCGUGGCCGUGGUGGAGGGGGUUACAAUAGAGAAGGGGGCGGUGGUUAUUAUGGAGGUAACAGAGGUGGUGGUCGAGGCCGAAGGAACUGGGAUUAUGACGACAGGAGACGAUUUGAUGGUCCUCCUCGAGUUGAAGUGAAGUCUUAG